GGGUCCUUCCCGCCGUCGUCGUUGUCGUUGAGGCGCCGGAGGAGAGAGAGAUUUGCUUUGCAGAGGCGUUGAGGGAGAGAAGGAGCCGCGCUCUGCUGCCGAUCCGCCACCGAACUGCCGCACGCGGGGAGCCAUUGCCAUCGCGAGCUGUAGCGCCGCACAGUCCAGCCACCGUGACCUCCGUAGAGCCACCGUCGUUGCGCUGUUCCGCCGUCACCGCUGUUGCCCUAGAGCUCGCCGUCGUCAUUGAGCAGGACGGAGAUGAGAGAGAGCGCGAGCGAGAGAACAGAGAGUCUUAUUGAAGACCUCCCUUUGAAGGUGUAAAGUGUACAACCUUUAGACUCUGGUAUUUUACCUUAAACUUUUGAUUUUCAGUGCUUCUAUUUGCAUUUACAUUGUAGUUCACAAUUAACAAAACUAUUAUUAGUAUUUUUUUUCCAGCUUCUAAUGAAAAAUUUGAAUCUCUGAGACUUAAUAAGUAUGUUCCAUCGUGCAUUGAACCUCUGGAAGUCAUGAUUCAGGUAUGGAUUUAUUCUCCGGCAGAAAAUUUUAUUUCUGGAAAUUACAGGAAAUUUGUGUCUAUGAUUACAGAAAAUCUUAUUUCUGGAAAUUAUCUUUUGUUGUUUGAGUAUAUAUUUGUUACUAACUUUAUUAUUGCUUCUUAAUUUGUAUGAUCCAGUAUGGUAAAGAUUAUGAAUUUGAUGCUCCAGUGAAGCUCCUAGAGAAACAUCUACAUGCUAUGGCACAAUCUGUUGAUGAGCAACUUCUUGUUGUUUCUCAGGUCUUGGCUUCUUAAUCAAUGGUUGAUUUGAAAUGCUUACCCCUCCUCUUUUUGGAUUCAUAUAGGUUAUUGCUUUCAAUGAUAAGCCUGUGAAGAAUUUGAAGGGCUUGGCCACCAUGAUUGAGAACUGUGAUGAUGAGUUUCUAAAGUUUGAUCUGGAAUACCAACAGGAUGUGACAGCAACUAAAAGAAAUGAAUUUGAGGAUUAUUUUUUGAAGCGAGAGUUGCUCAUGGGAAUAUAUGAGAAGGUUUUUGAAAGGCCUUCUCCUAUCCAAGAAGAAAGCAUUCCAAUUGCUCUUACUGGUAGUGACAUUCUUGCAAGGGCUAAAAAUGGGACAGGCAAAACAGCUGCAUUUUACAUUCCUGCAUUGGAAAAAAUUGACCAGAAACAAUCUAUCCUGGCAUAGUCCAAAUUGUAUUGCUCUCACGCCUGUGGAACAAUUUUGUUAAUAGUGUCUACUUAGUGUUAGUAUAUAUAUCAUUGUAUAAAACUAAGAUUAAGACAAGUGUAUUUACUCAACUAUAUUGAUAUGUUAGCUGGUUACU